ACUUUCAGACGCGGACCAUGGCCUCGUGCUGGUGGCGGUGGCGGCGCGGCUUCUCCUGGAGGCCGGCGGCGCGGAGUCCCGGGCCCGGCUCCCUCGGCCGCGCGGGACUGUCCGGGCUGCGCGCCGCCGCCGCCGCCGCUGCAUCCCGCGCGCAGAUGUCCUAUUUUAAUCUUGUGAAGAGUUUAACAUCUGCCUUUCCAAAUAUGUAUAGUAUAUCACGGUUCCAUCACGUGACGCCAGCAGUGUGCUGCUGUAGUAGAACACGGAGCGGUGAAAAAUACACUGAUCCUUUUAACCUUGGCUGGAGAGACUUGAAAGGUCUGUACGAGGACAUCAGGAAGGAACUAUUCAUAUCUACAACAGAACUUAAGGAUAUGUGUGAAUACUACUUUGAUGGAAAAGGAAAAGCCUUUCGACCAAUCAUUGUGGUGCUAAUGGCCCGAGCCUGUAAUAUUCAUCAUAAUAACUCCCGAAAUGUGCAAGCAAGCCAGCGUGCCAUAGCCUUAAUUGCAGAAAUGAUCCACACUGCCAGCCUGGUCCAUGAUGAUGUCAUUGAUGAUGCAAGUUCCCGAAGAGGAAAACACACAGUUAAUAAGAUCUGGGGUGAAAAGAAGGCUGUCCUUGCUGGCGAUUUAAUUCUUUCUGCAGCAUCGAUAGCUCUGGCACGAAUUGGAAAUACAACUGUUGUAUCUAUUUUAACCCAAGUGAUUGAAGAUUUGGUGCGUGGUGAAUUUCUUCAGCUCGGGUCAAAAGAAAAUGAAAAUGAAAGAUUUGCACACUACCUUGAAAAGACGUUCAAGAAGACUGCAAGUCUGAUAGCCAACAGUUGUAAAGCACUAAUAGAUGACGUCCUGGACUUCACCUCGUGUUCUGACCGGAUGGGCAAGCCGACCUCAGCCGACCUGAAGCUCGGGUUAGCCACCGGUCCCGUCUUAUUUGCUUGUCAGCAGUUCCCAGAAAUGAAUGCUAUGAUAAUGAGACGGUUCAGUUCACCAGGAGAUGUGGACAGAGCGAGACAAUACGUAUUACAGAGCGAUGGUGUGCAGCAGACAACCUACCUCGCCCAGCGGUACUGCCGUGAAGCAGUGAGAGAGAUCAGUAAACUUCGACCAUCCCCAGAAAGAGACGCCCUCAUACAACUUUCGGAAAUCGUGCUCACAAGAGAUAAAUGACAGCUCGUUCUGUUAUUUCUGGCAGCUAUUUUACCAGACUGUGCCUAAAGAAUUCUGUGGAGUAUACUUUGCUUCAUGUGCAGGUAACCAAAAAAUCAUUUUAAAAAAUCAUUUCCACCUUAUUAAUGGGACUUUUUUUAUUGGCAAAGUUUUUCAGAAAACUUUUUAAAUGUCAUUAAACCAUCUGAAUCUGU